GCAGUACACACAGGCUUUAUCUGUACAUGCAGUACAAGAACAUCGGGCAAAAAAGAAAGAAGAAAACAAAAACACGGUCCGGCUACGUGAAACUCUUUUCCUUAAAACGUGAACACUCAGCCACUGGCUUUUCCUUUUGUUUAUCCUGCCUCAAAGUGCUGUUUCCUCAGGCGUUUUAACCAGCGUGUACUUCCUCGCCUUUUUUUCAGGGUGGUCGCACACAAUCUUCCGAGAUCUGUGCUUGUUGGUCACUCUACCCAGGCAGCCGGCAAAUACAUUUGUUCACAUUUCAGAUUGGAAACUCUGGAUGCUGCAAGAUUUCGCAAAAAAAAAAAAAAAAAAAAAAAAAAAAAAAAGUCUUUAAUUUAAAUGUGUGUGCUAAUGUUUUAAAAGCUCGAGUCGUGUGAGUAUCCCUUUGGAAAUACAAGCCGUCUUGAAAAAACAAAACAAACAAAAAGACAUCUAGUACAGAAAUCACACGCCGUUUCUUUCUGUAUGACUGCUGGUGAAAAUACAUCAACCUGUUGUUACUGCUGUGGUAGAUGUAGGCACUGCAUUGCUGAGCAGUGAGCUACUUUUCUGCAGCGAACCAAAGGAACAAUUAUGCAUAAAGUUGGACCAAAGUUUUGAGGCCAAUCACUGCGGUAACAAAUACAUAUCAAAGUUAAAGCAGCUGAAGAAUUUUAAAGAAGUCCGUUUGGGAUUUACUGUUUCAAGUGGUUGCCAUCGAAAAUAAUAUCAACGUUCCCAAUGCAAUUAUCACUGCUUUUAGUAAUAGUUCUUGCGAACUAUUACCAUCAAGGCAUUGAAGCCCAAGGUGGAUCUAUAAAAUCUUUACGAUCUUCAAACAUAAGGCGGGAAGACAGCAAUCACCUCACAGACUUAUACCGGAAAGAAGAUACCAUCAUAGUCUCCGAGAAUGGCUACAUCCAGAGUCCUCGCUUUCCCAAUAGCUACCCAAGGAACCUUCUACUGACAUGGAAAUUGUUCUCUCCCGAAAACACUCGGAUACAGCUUGACUUUGACAGCCACUUUGGCCUGGAAGAACCGGAAAAUGAUAUCUGUCGAUAUGACUUUGUGGAGGUAGAGGAUGUAUCUGAAACCAGCACAGUUAUCAGGGGGAGAUGGUGUGGACACAAAGAACUUCCUCCUAGAAUCACUUCAAAAACUAACAAGAUAAAAAUCACCUUUAAAUCUGAUGACUAUUUUGUUGCCAAACCUGGAUUUAAAUUGCAUUACUCGCUUGUGGAUGACUUGCCUGCAGCAUCAGAAACUAAUUGGGAGGCAGUCACUGUCUCAGUCUCAGGACCAGCUGUGUUUUCUUCUUCAGUAACCGAGUCGCCUCUGACUGCUGCUGCUUUGGACCAGACGAUCGCUGCCUUUGAUACAGUAGAGGAUCUACUAAAACAUCUCAACCCAGAGAGCUGGCAGGACGACCUGGCUAGUCUUUACAGCGACACCGCGCACCACAGACCCAGAACCUAUCACCACGAACGAAAACAGAAAAUUGAUUUGGACAGGCUGAACGAAGAUGUGAAACGCUACAGCUGCACGCCCCGGAACUACUCUGUAAAUUUGAGGGAGGAGCUGAAGUUGACAAACGCCGUUUUCUUUCCACGUUGCCUCCUGGUACAGCGAUGCGGCGGAAACUGCGCCUGCGGCACAGAGCAUUGGAGAACAUGCACCUGCACAGCAGCUAAAACAGCUAUGAAGCUUUACGAGGUGCUGAAAUUUGCUCCAGAACCAGGUUAUUUCAGGAGAAAGAGCCGACCUAAGAGCAUGACGCUGGCUGAAAUUCACCUGGAACACCACGAGCAAUGUGAUUGUGUUUGCAACACCAAACCACCGCGAUGAAAGCACAAGCAAUGAGAAGUCUAUGUGACAUUUAACCUGUUCAGAUGGCCUUAUUUACCCCUGGCAAACAGACUUUGCUAUUGUGCUGCAUUGCAAAUGUGUACACAACUUGCUGUGCUUGAGUUAAACCUGUUGUUAAACUUGCAUCAUCUCGGCUGAAUGUUUUCUUUAGUGUCCUUUUGUGUAUUUGUAGCAUGAAUGUAGGACAUUUAAGUCCCCCUGUUUUGCAAGAUAAUCAAUGAAGCCAGUUCAGCUGGUGUUCAUUUUUAAAAUGAGAUCUUAGCCACAGACCAAGCAGCGUAGCAUAUGUCUAGUUAUACUAUAACAAAUAGCUGAUUAUUUCAUUGAGGGGUCCCAAUAUGUAUGCAGUUUACAUAGGGAAAUGAGUCUAAGCACUCUAAUAACACUCUGGAGUUUGUAUCUUAAUCAGCAACACAUGUCAAAAUAGUGUAAUAAACUGUUUAACACAGGGUUAAGUGUAAGGCAAACAAAUGGCAUGAGAUGAUUCAGUAAAUAAAGUUUGAAUACCAAGUGGAAUCCUUCACAAUUCAUUGUGUGCCUUAAGACCUUGAGGUAGUAAACAUCAAAGCAGAAUUAUGGUAACUGGCUGCAGAGACGCUGGCACACUGGGGGUAUUUACAUAGCUGUCCAUUUUAAUCUCUCUGGUUUAUUGCUGAAACAUAGAUCUGCAAAACAUAAUGUGAGCAUUUUGAAGUUAUAGGUGGUUUAAUAUAAAAUGCUGAAUUUAAAGCAUCAUGAAGCACAUUGUGGUUAAACAAUGCGCAUGUUGUCAUUGAAAUUUUAAAAUCUAAAGAUUUCCCAGUGACGCCUUAAUUGAGGUUUUCAGUUAUUUGUCCUUGGACCACAGAUGUUUAUGGAGCCAGUCUGCUUACAGUUUAACAAUGUGGGGGUCUGGCGUGUUAAUUUAGAAAAUAUUCGAAAAGCUUUUAUUUCUACAUCAAAUUCUACUGUAUUUGAUCCAAAAAUGGAUUAUUCCCAGUACCACACAAUUACGAAGCAGCUGCUCUAGGUAUCAAAUGAAUCAAUUCAAAUUACAGAUUCCACACACUUUUUAAAUGAAGAGCCCACAUAUUUUAGGAGCUUAUGUCAUAUUUGGACUGGCCUGCCUUGCAAACACAGUAAUUGUUCAAAUUGUUCCAAAGAUAACACAUUUGUUUUACAUUACUGCCUGGGAAGGCAUGGUUAAUGAAUACAGAAACUCAAACUAUGUCAAUAUAGCUAUUUAGGUUGCAUUAAAUACAGCUAAACAGGAUAAUAUAUAUAUAUAUAUAUAUAUAUAUAUAUAUAUAUAUAUAUAUAUAUAUAUAUAUAUAUAUACACACACACACACACACACACACACACACACACACACACACACACACACAUUUGGGAAGCUAGUACUUGUAGCUUAUUUAGGCAAUACAAUGUUGUAGGUGUGCUGUGUAAGUCCUUGAGUAUAAUAAACUGGAAGUGCAUUUUUAACAUACUUAAAAAAAUGCCCUUGUGUUUUUCAUGGAGCAAUGUCAGGAAAUUAGUUCUGUGCACCAUGGUUUAGUAGUUGUGUGAUAUUAUUUUAUUUCUUAAGUUCAGUAUAAAUAUUCUAACAAAAAUAUGUUGAAACUUUUUUUUUCAUGCAUUUGAUCUAGCUUUUUGUUUUUCUGUCUAAAUAUAAUUGAAUGAGUUGUGUACAGUUUAACAUACAACUGUCUACUUUGAAAUAACAUUGCUUUCCCUUCACUAGGAACAUUCAGCUUGGUGAAAGUGGUGUGAUAUACAGUAUUUAUUCGGCUUUUGUGUUGAUUUAUCCACAGCAUGGAUGUCCCUUUAUGCCAGUGUAACCAGAGGUCUUUUGUGAUACAGAACCAAUUCAUUUCUGAAUGUUUUAAUUCUGUCAGUCUCGCUUAUAACCAGAAGGGUUUUUUGUACUAUAUUUAAUGAGUUACAUUAAUGACAGUCCCUGCUGAAUCUCCAUUAAUUAAAGAGAAGGCUGUAACAUGUUUAACAGCUUCAGUUUUCAAGGCUUUACUUUGCCAGUCCAAAUCAUUUGUGUUGACGUUGGCUCCAAAUUCUGGCAAAAUAGGUUUGCCUUCUUUUGUUGUUUAAAAAAAACAAAAAAAAACAGCUAAUACACGAAAUACAAAAGAAGCCUAAUUGAGCAUGUAUCACCACAAGUUGUGUUCACUGUCUUGUUUACUUUGUAGCAUUCAUUUUAGUAGUAUUUAAUUAACAAUAAAUAAUUUAAGUUGUAGCUUUUAUUUUAAUAAUUACACUAUGUUGGUAAUGGAUGGUGUUUCCACUGCUUACUGUAUAAAGUUAACAAUUUGAGAGGGAUUUUAAAUCUUCAUUGUAAAAUCCAGGAAGGCUUUUAAAAUAUCUUUGUCUGUCUAAAUCUCUGUACAUUUUCACAUUUCAACUAUUGUUCUUAUGUUUGUAAUUAGUGCCCUUUGUUAUGAUUGAAUGUAAAGAUUGCUUAAGAAAGGGAAUAAGUUCAGGAUUAUUUUUUGUUACAAAAAUGCAAUAAAACCAACAUAUCGGA